AUGACAAACCUCCAUCUACUACUCGCUCUAUGCACCUUAAGCCUGAAUUCAGCUGCAAUAUCUCAAAGACGUGCAGCCACGUGGAAUUUGCAAGGCUCAUCCGCCGCCACAGAAUCAAAAUGGUCAAACAACGUACGUCAAUUGGUCGUGGGUACUGAUAAAACUCAUCCAGUAACAGUUUUAUCCUUACAAGAAGCAGGAACACCUCCAGAAGGUUCGGCAAAACUACAAGGCCCUUUAGGCAAUCGCUUGAUAAAUCCUCACGGAGUGCACCAAGAAGUUUUAGAAUACAAAUGGAACUUGGGUACAACCAAAAGAGAAGAGAUAAGAUGGAUCUACUAUACUCACAACGAUCACGGUGCUAACAGAGUCAAUCUGGCAAUAGUCACCAAAGACAGGCCUGAUCAUGUCAUAAUCAUGCAACCACCUGGAGAUUAUAAAAGCGUCAGGCCUAUUUUAGGAGUACAAUUCCAGAAAGACAAUUAUUUCACUAUACACGCUAGUGCUAGUGGAGGCGGUGACGCUGCAGGCAUCGUCAAUCAUAUUUGUAAUUAUUUUGGAUCUGUACAAGAGUACGAUCAUCAGUUUAUGAUUAUGGGGGAUUACAAUAGAAAUCCGGAUGAUCUUCAUAAAGCCCUAGAAAGAGAUCACGUGGAUAUAUUGAGACAUAUUGGGAUAUUUCACACAUCAACUCCAACUCAGAAAAGCGGUAACAUUUUGGAUUAUGCGGUGAUUGGUCAAUAUAAGUACGAUCUGGUGCCUCAUCUGAUUGUCCACGCUGUUGAAGCUAAACUCGAAAACCAAUUAGUAUCUGAUCAUUUUCCUGUUGUUUUCGAUGUCGCUCAGAAAACUUUGAUCGAGUUUAUUACGAGAAUUGUUUAUAAAAUUAAUAUGUAGAUACGCUCAAAAAUAAUGUUAUCAUUUAUCUUAUCCGAAAUCAAAUAAAAUUUUCCUGUCCUGAUUGAUUGUCAGAAAAUGGAGUUUUAA